GUUAAAUCCCAAUGUUGCGCAAAGUCUGCUGCUGCAACUGCGUGGACUGAGGAGGAGUUCAAAGCCUGAUCCAGCCCUCCUCCAAAAGCAAACGCUGGGCGUUGCCUACACCAACUUCACUAAAAGGUGUGGCGGAUUAUAGAUAUUUCCUCUUUUACCCAUAAUUCUACCCUUUAGAGAGGGAUUUCAUUUUGUGCUUUACUCCCUGAUCCGCUAAGUCAUCGCACGGAAAUGUCUGCUUGGGACGAUCUGGAUCUCCUCUUGGACUCCCCCUCCUCACUGACCACCACAUCCAAGGAAAGAGGAACAGUGAAGGACAAGGCAGAUUUUAAAGUGGAUGAAGAUGUGACUGCACUCAGGAAAGCUAUUGAGGGUCUUGGUACAACAGAAAAGACACUUAUUGAUGUGCUGACCCAAAGAAGUAACGCUCAGCGUCAGCUUAUCGCGAGCGCCUAUGAGAAAGCCACAGGACGGAAAUUAAAAGAUGACCUGGAGGGCGACACCCAUGGUGACUUUGAGGACCUGUUAGUUGCCUUGGUAACACCUCCUGUUUACUUUGACUAUAAUGAAGUGAUCAGAGCUAUACAGGGUCCAGGAACCACUGAAAGUAUCCUGACAGAAAUAUUUGCUUCCAGAUCAAACAAGCAGAUCAAAGCCAUAGCUGACACUUACCUGAAAGAAACCGGAAGGCUGAUGACUCAUGACCUGCAGUCAGAGGUGUCAGGAGAUUAUGCCAAAGCACUGCUCAUCCUGGCUGAGGGGAAAAGAGAUGAGAGCACGAGUGUGGACGCUGCUAAAGCCAAAGAAGAUGCUAAGAUAUUGUACGAAGCAGGAGAGAAGAAGUGGGGAACAGAUGAGGACAAGUUCAUCGACAUCUUGUGCCAUAGGAGCGUUCCUCAGCUUCGACAAACACUGGUGGAAUACAAGAACAUCAGCAAGAAGACUCUGCAGGAGAGCAUUGAGAGUGAAAUGUCUGGAGAUGUGGAGAGACUCCUUGUGGCUAUUGUGAAAUGCGUGAAGAACGUUCCUGCAUAUUUUGCUGAGAGGCUCUUCAAGAGCAUGAAGGGGGCAGGAACCACUGAAUCCACACUUACCAGAAUCAUCGUUAGUCGUUCUGAAAUCGAUUUGAUGGACAUCAAAGCAGAGUACAAGAAGCUGUUUGGCGUUACCCUUCACUCAGAGUUAAAGUCGGAGGUGUCAGGAUGUUAUGGAGAGGCCCUGAUUCUGCUGUGUGGCACAGAAGACUAACUCCUCCCAUCACGUCUGUUCUGAAUGGAGGCUGAUCCACCAAAACCUAAAUGCAUUUCAUAUUUUAAAUUUAAUAUACUUAGUUUAAUACAUUAUGAUGUUGUAAAACAUCAUAAUUCUAGGAUAUGUGGAAACAUACGACUUCAAAUAUCCUGUAACCUGAUCAACUUAAUCAAAAUUAAAAAAAAAAAAAAAACAACAGACUGUUACCCAUCAGUAAUACAAAAAAUAAUUAUUUAAUGGUUUUGUUGAUGUUGCUGUAACCGACUCCAACACAGGUCAUUAGAACUUUGUCUCCGCCUUUCCUCUCAUCUUCCAGCGGCUUCUGGACUUCAAUCUUGAACAUAACCUGGAAGAAAUCUCUGAUGUGUCUCAGGAACUCAAUCCUGUUGAAACAUCAAGAGAUGAGAGCAGUUUUUUUUAUCAUUUUCAACCCAACUCAGUGUAUUUUAAUCGGUUAGAAAAAAAAACUUUGAUUCUUAAAGCUCAUUUAUCCUGAAAUAGAGAAAAAAAUACACCAAAGAAAAUGAUCAAGAUUACCAGAGUAAUUCAAGAGUGUACAGUGAUGGCACUGCCAAUCUUCAGUUAUCAUAGUACUGUACUUGAUAGGCACACAGCACCGGUACCAUGAUAACUGAAAAUGGACAGUUCACAGUCCACCGCCCUUCAGGAGAGCAGAAGGAAAGCUACCACUCGCUCCAGCUACCUUUCAAAUGACUUUGACUUCAUUUUCUUAUUUCAAAGAUGAUCACAUAUUGCUCCGCCCACCAUAUUUGGACAAACCCGGUAAUGACCUUGUGUACAUUUAUAGUCUAAUCUAGGUUCAAUAUCAGCAUCUGUUUACUAACUGCAGUCAUGCUCUUGGCACAGAAAAUUAAAAGGUUUUGCCAAACA